AGGUUUGAUGAUAUAGACUGGUAAAGCAACAAACCUGUAUCGCUGCACUAUUUUGUUAUUGCACUAAACUUUGCACUAAGCUCAAAAUGUCGAAAACAGUUCUGAAAAUAAACAAUGCGAACGCAGGCAAGGUGGAGAACUUCCGCCAUUCUCUGUAUAAACAGGCAGAAGAUCUGUUUUCCAACUACAUCCCCUCAAAGAUCAUCAAGCUGGACAACCUGCUGAAGGAGGAUGACCUCAGCAUCACAGACAUGUCUACUCUCCAAGCGCCUCUGGAAAUCCCCAUCCCAGAGCCUCCAUCUCCAGAGGAAGAGGAAAUGGAAACCGACAAGGAUGAUGACAACGAGAAGAAAAAGAAAGCUCCAAAGUGUGGAUUCAUCAAAGGCAAUGAGAAGAUUGUGAAGCUGCUGGACAAAGUGAAACCAGAGAUCCUUGCAUUGAGGGAGACCAUAAUUACAGUAUCCUGCUGGAUUCAACAUCUCAUCCCGAAAAUAGAGGAUGGGAAUGACUUUGGUGUUGCAAUCCAGGAGAAAAUCCUGGAGAGAAUAACGGCAGUGAAGACCAAAGUUGAUGGAUUUCACACCAACAUUAACAAGUACUUUUCAGAGAGGGGGGACGCAGUGGCCAAAGCCUCCAAGGAAACCCAUGUGAUGGACUACCGCUCAUUGGUCCACGAGAAGGAUGAGGCAGUCUACUCAGAAAUCAGAGUCAUCCUCCUUGACAUCCGUGGCUUCUAUGCGGAACUGUAUGACAUCAUCAGCAAGAACCUGGAAAAGGUGACUAAUCCGAAAGGAGAAGAGAAGCCCUCAAUGUAUUAAGGGAUUCGUCACGAGGGGGGGGGGGGGGGGGGAUGGGGUCUGUGUGAUUUUGGCAAACCCAGUAAGUGACAGGGAGCGGGAAUGACCGCACAACUGGCCGGCACUCAGGCAAGGGAAUGAGAGAAGAUAGUUUUCUAUAAUGUGAGUUUUUCCCCUAUAUUUUCAUUUUUUUUUUAAAGCAUUGUUUUUACAUCAGGUAGCGCAACUCAGUCCUGGCCGCUGUUUCAUUGACUGUCAGGCCAUGUGGACAUAAAACACAACAAUCAGUUCCAAUGGGUCGGCAACAAUGCUGACUGUACAUCACCAGUACCUUGGGUCCUGUUUUUCAUGCCAAUAAAUGCAUAAU